GGUGCUCUAUUUCAACGGAAGCCCAGACACCUCAGGAGGAUCAGCUUGGUCAGGGUGCACUUCCUUCCUUGUGCACAGCAGGAAGAUUGCAGUCGCCUAAGCAAGUCACCAACAACGUUUGCCUCCAGAUUCAACUGCAGUAAGGAUACCAUCCUCUUUUGUGAUACAAGAAAGGAGUACCUCAUCACAUAGGGAAAAAAUGCUUUUUGGGGUGCUAGCCCUCCUAAUUCUCUGUGCUUUUCUAUGGAAUUAUAAAGGACAACUGAAGAUUGCAAACAUUACCGAUAAGUAUAUUUUCAUCACUGGGUGCGACUCAGGCUUUGGAAACUUGGCAGCCAGAACUUUUGAUAAAAAAGGAUUUCGUGUAAUUGCUGCCUGUCUGACUGAAUCAGGGUCGACAGCUUUGAAGGCAGAAACCUCAGAGAGACUUCAUACAGUGCUUCUGGAUGUAACUGACCCCGAGAAUGUCAAGAAGACUGCCCAGUGGGUGAAGAACCAUGUUGGGGAAAAAGGUCUCUGGGGUCUGAUCAACAAUGCUGGUGUUCUUGGUGUGCUGGCUCCCACCGACUGGCUGACAGUGGCAGACUACAGAGAACCUAUUGAAGUGAACCUGUUUGGACUCAUCGAUGUGACUUUAAAUAUGCUUCCCUUGCUCAAAAAAGCUCGAGGGAGGAUUGUCAACGUCUCCAGCAUUGGAGGUCGGCUUGCAUUUGGUGGAGGGGGCUAUACUCCAUCCAAAUAUGGAGUGGAAGGCUUCAAUGACUGCUUAAGACGGGAUAUGAAAGUUUUUGGCGUUCACGUCUCAUGUAUUGAACCAGGAUUCUUCAAAACAGAAUUGUCAGAUCCAAUAAAGGCAACUGAAAAAAAGCUUGCCAUUUGGAAACAUCUGUCUCCAGAUAUCAAAGAACAAUAUGGAGAAGGUUAUAUUGAAAAAAGUCUAGACAAGCUGAAAAGCACUACAACCUGGGUGAAUUUGGACCUCUCUCUGGUGGUAGAGUGCAUGGACCAUGCUCUGACAAGUCUCUUUCCAAAGACUCGCUAUGCUGCUGGAAAAGAUGCCAAGACUUUUUGGAUCCCUCUUUCUCACAUGCCAGCAGUUUUGCAAGACUUUUUAUUGUUGAAAGAGAAAGUAGAGCUGGCUAAUCCCAAAGCCGUGUGACUCAGCUGAUCACAGAUACCUGUCCCCAGGCUAUGAGAUUAGCCAAAUUCAAGGACACAUCUACUUUUCCAUCCAGUUCCUUACCUAAUCCAACCUGGACUCAUUUAGACCAGGCUUAUUUAUAGAAAAGAAGGAGUCUUACCAUCAUCAGUAGUGUCUCAGGAUCCCUUCUCAAGCCUUCUUUGACAAGAAGGAUAGAGAUGGCACAUCACAUAGGCAAAAACAGUCCUGAGGCUUUGCCUGCUGGAUAGAAUAUAAGAGAAAUUGGAAGACUUCCUCCAAAUGAUGUAUACCUUAUUGAAUAUUGAAUAAUCCUUCCCCAUGCUUAUUGAAUAAUCCUGAAUGUCAAGUACUAUCUCCUAUCAAUACUAACGUAACCAGAAUGCUUUCAUAAGUGGGUUAAAAAUGUUCUGUUAUUUGCUGAAAAUAAGACCGAAGGACUGGAACUCAGCUCUCAUAAGGUUGGAUGGGAACCAGAAAGGAAGAGAGAUAAAGCAUUAUGUGACAUUGGUAUAAGUAAAGGGCAACAGAAAAGCAGUAGGUAGACCCGCAAGUAGAAAAGAUGAAAAAGAGAGGAAAGGAAAUAAGAAG